AUGAUUAAGGCGAAGGAGGCGGUGGCCGGCGAGCGGGAUGUGCUGGAGCAGUUUAGCCAGGUACCUUCCUAUGCCUCUCAGCAGUUGAGAGCCUCCGUCCAAAAGGAAACCUUCCCAACGGCAGACUCGCCGCCCUGGUUGUCGAAGUAUGGACCUCUGGUCUUUCCGCAGAAAGCCCGAGAAUGGCAGUUGGAUGAUCCGCUGCAGCACGCGCUGAACUGGAGCUGUCAAGGACCACUACAUCGGCACUUUUGCUGGAAUGAAUGGUCCCCCGUGCUACAGACGCGCAUACGCCACAAGCGGAUCGAUCGCUUUGCCAGCACCAGUUCCUUCUGA